AUGAAGGUCCUCAUCCUCGCUUGCCUGGUGACUCUUGCUCUUGCAAGGGAAAUGGAAGACGUUAUUAUAUCUUCUGAGACUGUUGAAAGCAGCGAGGAUGAAAGCCAGGAUAAAAUCGACAUCCCCUUCCUGUCACAGCCUUUAGUCUAUGCUCCUUUUGACCCCACCCUUUGCACUGUCUUUCCACAAAAUGUCCUGUGUCUUUUUCAGUCUACUCUGACGCUGCCUUUUCUUAAUCCUGAAAUAAUGGAAUUCCCCGAAUCUAAAGAAACAGCCUUUCCUACACCUAAAGUGAUGCCUUUCCCUCAGUCUCCACUGGUGAGAGUUUUUGACCCCCUAAAUUUCAAUCAUCUUGAAAAUGUGCACUUUCCUUUAACUCUGCAGCAAUUACCGCACCAACUCCCUCAGCCUCUUCCCCAGAUUCCUGAGCUUUUCCCUUUCUCCCUGCUGUCUUCUUUUCCACCCAAAGGCCUGCAUACUUCCCAUAAUAUGUGGCCCUACAUCGUAAGAGAUGUGCCCUUUGGAAAUUUCCCAAUGCCCCAUGAGCUUCAACUUGACCCAAUCCGUCAGUUUCAACCAAUGACUCAACCAUUUGCUCCACUUCAUAAGCCUGUGGCUGUAAGUGUGAAUUUAUCCUAUUAA